AUGGAUCGAAAAGGCCACAAAAAGCCGCUGCCGCCACAACACGCGGCUGCCGCCAAGGAGACGCCUGUGAUAUGUGAACGUGCCUGUGAGAUGUUCAUCCAGGAGCUCACCGAGAAAGCGUGGGCUCACGCCCAGAAGUCGAAUCGUCAGACUAUCGAAAAGCGUGAUAUCGUUGCUGCAGCCAAAGAAACAGGCCAUUGUGACUUCCUUGUGGAUAGAAAAAGGAAGAACCACAGAGGAGCUCAUGGAGCCAGCUCCUCUACGGCGAUCCCCGGUGAUCCGCUUGAUCCGCCUGAACCGCGGUACCACGAUGAAUCGAACAUGUUCAAGGGGGUUCCACCCUUGAGCUCAAGGGAGUUCCGCCCCUCGCAUCUCGUCCGCCAUCGCGUCCGUCGUCAUCGAGCUCUCAGCCGCGCCGCCCAUCGUCCUGAGCUUGUCCGCCGUCCAGAACCAACGUUUCGAGAUCCGACGAGCUCUGGACGAGCUAUGCCAUCGAUAUCCAUUGCCCUGAGCUUGCAGUCGCGUACACCCGUCAUCCCGAGCUCGUCCGCCGUUGAUCCAGGCGUGCACUACCGUUGUUUCGAUUUCGAGCCCUGA